AUGAGCGUCCACGAGCCGACCGCGUCGAGCAGCGGGGUCGAAGCGCGGGGGCCGGGUCACGAGUCGUCGGACGAUGGCGAUGCCAUACUUGAAGCCUUGGGCUACAAGUCCGAGCUUGUGCGCACCCGGUCGACAUGGCAUGUCGCCUUCAUGUCCUUCGUGCUGGCCUCGAUCCCCUACGGCCUGGCUACGACGCUCUACUACCCACUUCAGGGCGGCGGGCCCGUCGUCGUAAUUUGGGGAUGGCUGCUUGUCAGUCUCAUCAUCCUCUGCGUUGCUUCCUCGCUAGGCGAGAUCACCUCGGUGUACCCGACGGCCGGCGGCGUCUAUUACCAGACGUUCAUGCUUGCCCCGGCCAACUUCCGCCGCGUGGCCGCCUACAUCUGCGGCUGGGCGUACGUCGUAGGCAAUAUCACCAUCACCCUCGCCGUGCAGUUUGGCAGCACCCUUUUCUUCGUGGCUUGCGUCAACGUCUUCGAGAGCGAGCCCGGCGUGGGUGUCUGGGCCGGUGAAACAUACCAAGUGUUUCUGACCUUUUUGGCUAUCACGGUGCUGUGCAAUAUCAUCUCCAUCUUUGGCAACCGCUGGCUACACCAUUUGGAUACCUUUGCCAUCUUUUGGACCUUUGCUGGCCUCCUCGCGAUUCUAAUCACCGUUCUCGCUGUUGCCAAGGAAGGCCGCCGCAGUGCUUCGUUUGCCUUUGGCGACUUUGAGGUCACCUCCGGGUGGCCUGCCGGCUGGUCCUUCUGCGUCGGCCUCCUUCACGCCGCCUAUGCAACCUCAUCGACGGGUAUGGUGAUUUCCAUGUGCGAAGAAGUCCAGCGACCGGCCACCCAAGUGCCCAAGGCCAUGGUCAUCACGAUCAUCAUCAACACCAUCGGCGGCCUGCUGUUCCUGGUGCCUCUGAUGUUUGUCCUGCCCGAUCUCGCCAUGCUUGUCGCCCUACCGUCUGGCCAGCCCGUGCCCACCAUCAUCAAGUCUGCCGUUGGCUCCUCAGGCGCAGCCAUCGCUCUUCUCCUCCCGCUCAUGGUCCUGGCCAUCCUUUGCGGCGUCGCAUGCACCACCGCUGCUUCGCGCUGCACCUGGGCUUUUGCUCGCGAUGGUGCUAUCCCUGGUGCCAAGUGGUGGAAGCAGGUCCAUCCCAAGCUCGACCUGCCCCUGAACGCCAUGAUGCUCUCCAUGGCCAUCCAGAUCGUCCUGGGCCUCAUCUACUUCGGAUCCUACACCGCCUUCAACGCAUUUUCGGGUGUUGGAGUCAUCUCGCUCACCGUCUCUUAUGCCUCGCCCAUUGCUGUGUCUAUGCUGGAGGGACGUGCUCACGUCAAGGAGGCCAAAUUUUCUCUCGGUAAAUUUGGCUGGUUGUGUAACGGUGUUGCUAUCGCGUGGUCGAUUCUCGCCGUCCCCCUUUUCUGCAUGCCCGCGUACCUCCCCGUCACGCGUGGCAGCGUCAACUAUGCCCCCGUUGUGUUUGUCGGUUUCGUCCUGAUUGCCUUUGCGUGGUACGCGGCCUGGGGCCGCAAGAACUACCAAGGCCCCCCGACAGAGAGCGUUGGAGAGGACCCGGCUGCGGAAGAUCACGCCGCCGGUGGGCUCAAGAAGGACUAA